AUGGGGGCCCCCGCUGCCCUUAUUUGCAAGCCUGGGGGCUCAGCUCUGGGCCUAAGCAGCUGUCUCAGUCUCCAGGGCCUUUUCUUUUCACCCAUUUCUUUGGGGCUUUCCACUGCAUGCAGUCAACUCCAGCCAAUAUUUGACAAGUGCCACCAGGAGGGCCUCCCCGCAAUAAUGGGCCCAGAACUCUACGAGGCCCACAGGGGCCCCCAGGCGUCCCCAGGGGCCCCCAAGGGCCUUCAGGGACUCUUAGGGGCCCCCAUUGGCUCUGAGGAGACGCAAGGGACCUUAGGGAGCCCCCACGAGGCCCCACGGGCCCUCAGGUCGCUCCGAAGAGUCCCAAGAGCUCCCAGUGAACCCCAGGGGCCCCCCAGCAGCUUUGAGGGGCCUCCAGGGGCCCUCAGGGGCUUUGAAGGGCCCUCAUGGGGCUUUGAGGGGCCCCCAAGGGCCCCAAAAGAGGCCUACUGA